GGGAACUUCAACACAAUAAACAAAGAAAGGAAAUCGAAGAUGAAAUGUGAAUUUAUCAAAAUUGCAAAACAUAAAUAAAUAAACGAAACCGAUCAAUCUCAAUUAAAUUGCAUCCGACGUGCACGAGAACUUGGGUUGCAUGCUUUUAGUUCGGUAGCUAAAGUAAAAGCUUUGAUGACCAGACGAAAUAUUGCAGAAGUACGCGAGUCAUGCAGCAUCGAAGCAAGACCAGUCUGGCAACACAGCUGUGCAAAGCUGUGAAUGACGGAGAACCAAGAACCGUGCAGAUUCUUCUCGCACAAGGAGCAAAUCCCAAUCUUGUCGGAAGUAAAGGUGUUGCUGCUGUGCAUUUGGCAGUUGGCAAAGAGACGGAGAAAAGUAUACGCUGCCUGAAGUUAAUUCUACAACAUGGGGCAGACCCCAACAUCCGGUCUUCAGAUGGCUUGACACCCCUGCACGUAGCAGCGUUAUGGGGUUGCUAUCAGAAUCUCAAACUGCUGUUAAAGAAUGGAGGGAAUGCAAACUUAAAGGAUCAGGAAGGGAACAAACCAGGUGAUCUGGCACAACAACAGGACAACCGCAGAUGUGCCCACCUCCUCCAGGAGUACCAGUCUCAGUCCUUGGACACAGAGGAGGAAGAUCUGCCUCAAUUCCAAUACUCUGUUUACAAUGGCCAAGGUGACGCGUCAAGCUACACUGACUCCGAAGACUGCAGUGUUUUCUCUCACAGCAUGUCCUUGCUGAGUGACUUCGGGGAGGGUCCACUGAGUAGCACACGUCAGACCUCGUUCUUUGAACUGUCUGCUAUUAGCAACAGGCACAGUUGGAGAAGAGGAUCCCGUUCAGGGAGUCUGACUAUAAAUCUAACCCUGAGGUGCGCCACACCAACGAGUGGGACACGGACUCUGACUGGGAGCCUCCAUCAAUGUUAUCCAGCACUCGUAUGUCCGUCGCAGGUCCCAGAGCCGCACUUCCUGUACUUCGGGAGGACGUACCACUCGCUGACUGCAGUGCGCUGCAUCCGUCUGUAAACGGGAACAGACUCUCUCCUCCUCCGGUGGACCUUCUCCCUCCUUGCUUUGCACGACGCACGAGCCGCAAGAGUGUGAGCUUCAGAGAGGAAGCGGACGAAUACUUCCCCGUUUUUAGUUCAGAAUCCCCGAGGCGGGAGCCAGGGAGUCCGGGUACUGCCUACUCUAAAGACUAUACUCUCGACUUCUCGGAAUACUCCGAGUUCCUGGAUCCAGAACGCAUGGCCACCGUCCUACAUCACCAGGGGAUCGACGUCACCUCCCCUGAACAUGUGUUUGUAUUCUCCAAGGAUAAUAAUGAGUGCACUGAGAUCGACAUGGAAAAAACAUUUGUUGGGCACUUCCCGUUUGAGGAAGAGGACGGAGAAGUCGUUGAGAAUCAGGUAGAAGAAGUGAAGGUCCCUGAACGAGCAUUAUGUGUCUCUGCUGGCAGCAGCAGUAGCAGUGGAGCUAGUAGGUACAGCAGCUGUGAUAGUGACCACUACAUUACGACCCUGGAGGCGUCCCCCAGGCGGGUCUCACCCUCUGAGGAGGAGCGUAAAGUGAAAAACAGAGGUGUUGAAGACGACAAACACACACAAAAUCCUAUGAACACUAACAAUGUAGAUACUGAUGAAACUCCCAACAGCUCAGAGAGGUCAAAACCAGCCAUGGUAGAACUACCAGCCAUGGUAGAACUACCAGCCAUGGUUGAUAACCUUACAUUGACUGACAAAAUAUCUCCAACCAAAAGUCCAGGUUGUGAAAAGAUAUUUCCAGAUGCGCUCUUAGCGGGUAAUGUUGAAGAGUUGUCAACAAGACCGACUGAAUGCACUCCCAGACCUGGACCUGGUUCUACUCCAGCAUUGGAGGAGGACCUGCCUCUGACCCCAAGUCCCUUUGUCACUGGUAGGACGCGGACGCGGCUGAGUCGCUGCUCGGUAAUUAGCGGCAAGACCCCCGAAAGCCUCCUCUCCACCUCCUCGCUGUUUGAGCAGACUUUGCCUACGCCGACACGCACACGCCGCCAAAACAUCAAGUCGCAAGGCAGCGACAACGUCUUUUACGACACGCCAUGCGGGCGUAGUCGCACCCCAGUCUUUUCUGGAAACGGGACAGGUAGUACUUCUGGGGACUCAUUUGUCGUCUACGAGAGCCAAGAGCCUCAAUCUAGCACUCUCAGAGCCGACAGAGGUCAAGGGUCAUAUGUCAGUGCCAGCCAAGCGGACACCCUCAUCACCGCCAAGGACGACGGAGGUCAGGGAUCUUGUGUUAGUGCCAGCCAAGCAGACACCCUCAUCAUCGCCAAGGAUGACAGAGGUCAGGGAUCUUGUGUUAGUGCCAGCCAAGCGGACACCCUCAUCUCUAAAAGCAUGGCUGACACAGUCAUCGUAACUCCAAGUUUAGCUGACAAAUUAUCUUUACUGGAUAAUUACUUUACUUUACAAAAUCCUCACAAAGAGACUUUACCCACUUAUCUGAGAAAAGACGUUCUUGAAAGUGGUGAAUUUCUAACCGACGAUUUGUCCAGCUCCAGUGAUGCAGUGACCAAGGAGGGGACAGUUGGUAGCUUUGGGCCAAAAGUGGAGGAAUCCUGGACCACAGAGGAGACCGACUCAAGCUCAUCUUUGUCAAGUUCCCAGACUCCAUCUUCAUCCAGCUCCAGUUACUUCUCUCCAAAAAGAGAUCAGCCCCCCUCGACCCCAGGCACUACCCCGCGCUACAGCAUGAGUCGACUCUCCCACUUCCACAAGCCCCAGCGGCUGGCCAGCCUCUCCUACACCCCAGGCGGACGUCCUCAAAUACCAGACCUGGAGGAACCGGUGGAGUACCUCUACACAGACACGGAGCAGGGUCACGAACUGAUCGAGACCCACGUCCCACCUGCGGCCAACACCUCGCUCAGCUCCAGCAUGAGCACGUCCAGUGGCGAGGACACAGUGCUGUACGACUGGCGCUCCCUGCAGGGUGGUGGAGGAACGGUGGUCAAAGGGAAGGAGAACCAGGAGCCUGUGGUGGCUCAGGACUGGUCAGAGACCAAAUGCCUGACGGACAAGGAGCUGAGACGCAGGCUUGUGGAGAUGGGAGAGAGUCCGGGACCCAUAAGUCAUCGUACCCGGCCAGUGUACAUGAAGAGGCUAAGGCGGCUGUUGCUGGAGCCGGACACUCAACAACAACUGCCGGACCUACCCCAAGGUCCUGCGCAGGGACACAGUCCAGAGCUGUGUGUGGCCCUGCGGACGUUGGUGCUGCCCGACUGCCAGGAGGACGAGCUGGCGCUGUGCCAGCAGUUUGACCAACCAGACCAGAACAGGAAGUGGCGGGAGGGUGUCAUCAAGUCCAGCUUCAACUACCUGCUACUGGACCCCAGAGUAACAAAGAACCUACCGUAUCGGAGUCAUUCCAUGAGCCCUAUGGAUUGUUUUCAGACUUUCAUCAGCGCUAUAUUCUACGUGGGAAAAGGCAAGCGCUCCCGACCCUACAGCCAUCUGUACGAGGCUCUAGACUACCACCGAGGAGAUAAGACUUCUAAGAAACUGUGCUCCAAGGUGCAGCACAUCCUCCAGGUUUGGAAGGCCGAGCAGGGGGUGAUCUCUCUGCACUGCUUCCAGAACGUCAUCCCCGUGGAGGCCUACACGCGUGAGGCCGUCAUGGUGGAUGCCAUUGGCUUGAAGAUGCUGACCAACCAGAAGCGAGGGGACUACUACGGGGUGGUGUCCACGUGGCAGUUGAAGAGGAAGAGGGAGCUGGGGGUGCACCUGCUCUACAGGGCCAUGCAGAUCUUCCUGGCUGAGGGAGAGAGGCAGCUCAGACCUCCUGAUAUCAGGGUGGGACAGUAGUGCCCCCCAGUGGGUAGAGUUGGGUACUGCACCAACAGAAAAUGAAAGCAUUUAUUGAACAAGGUGUUGACUAGUUUAAUCCAUUCAGGUGAAAUUUGGGCUUAAAGGUCCAUUGCAGCUGUUUUUAUCUCAAUAUCAAAUCAUUUCUGAGUAAUAAUUAAGUACCUUUAUUAUGAUUUGUUUUCAAUUAAAAUUGUUAAAAAAGGAACAAAAAUAACUUCUUAGACAAAGAGCAAUUUCUCAAGCAAGAAUUUUGAUGGGACUGUCGAGGAGUGGUCUGAGUGGGGAGAGGAACAUUGAAUGGACAAAUUUACAGCCUGUUGAUGUUACCGGGCAGGUCAAAACUCCAUCCCAACAAAACAGGCUGACAUUUCAGACAGCUCUUACACUAAAAGGGCAUUAUCAUAAUUUUUACAAUAUUAUUUCAAGCUCAUAGUGUGGGAAGUUAAUAAAACACAGGGAAACCACAUUUUUGACUGUACUGGGCCUUUUAAAGUGUAAAUGUUUUACUUAUUGAUGUAGAAGAGAUUGGCUUGUUGGAACACAGGACCAAGAUAUAGGUUAUUUUCCUAUACAUUUUUUGUGUCCAUGUCAUACCUAGGCUCAACCAGAUUCACCUUGGAGCUCUAAUGGUUGUCAUUUCACCUUUCUGUCCAUUCUGCCAUCUCCUCGCCUCCUUCUCUAAUCCCGUCUCCUCGCCUCCUUCUCUAAUCCCGUCUCCUCGCCUCCUUCUCUAAUCCCAUCUCCUCGCCUCCUCUAAUCCCAUCUCCUCGCCUUCUUCUCUAAUCCCAUCUCCUCGCCUCCUUCUCUAAUCCCAUCACCUUGCCUCCUUCUCUAAUCCCAUCUCCUCGCCUCCUUCUCUAAUCCCAUCUCCUCGCCUCCUUCUCUAAUCCCAUCUCCUCGCCUCCUUCUCUAAUCCCAUCUCCUAGCCUCCUUCUCUAAUCCCAUCACCUCGCCUCCUUCUCAACCUCAUUAGAAGAGAAAUUCCAAGGUCCCUCCUGUCAGACCUUCUUCUCAACCUCAUUGGAAGAGAAGUACCAAGGUCCCUCCUGUCAGACCUUCUUCUCAACCUCAUUGGAAGAGAAGUACCAAGGUCCCUCCUGUCGGUCCUUCUCAACCUCAUUGGAAGAGAAAUUCCAAGGUCCCUCCUGUCAGACCUUCUUCUCAACCUCAUUGGAAGAGAAAUUCCAAGGUCCCUCCUGUCAGACCUUCUUCUCAACCUCAUUGGAAGAGAAAUUCCAAGGUCCCUCCUGUCAGACCUUCUUCUCAACCUCAUUGGAAGAGAAGUACCAAGGUCCCUCCCGAAGGACCUUCUUCUCCAAUACGUUUUUAGAAGGAGCCGAAGAGAAAGGUGAUGAAUUGAGAAAGAGACAGAAUGAGUCAUUGGAAGAAAGACUGCUAUUGAAAGCUUGUUCACUUACCUUAGCAUCAGUUAAAUAUGUACGUCCAUUAAAUAUGAUGCAAAUACAUUGUAUUUCUUUAGUAGAAAAACCAUUUAGGCUUGUAUUGUUAGUAGUAUGAUCAUUAUGUAUGUAUUUGUCGGUAAAGUCUACCACCAGAAUGAAAGCACUGAAGGAAAAAUAAUCGUGUCACAACCAAUGUAUGUCUAUGGUCAAAACACUGGGUGGAACACACAUAUUUACACACAUGUCGAGGAUUUCCUUAUUUACCUCGGUCAAAUCAAUUACAGAUUCACUUGAUUUAACUAUUCCCCAUUUUAACAAGUGAUAUUGAUAAAUGCAUAGUUAAAAUGAAGUUUCCAAACAAAUGUCAAUAUCAUUAGCUAUAUGCCUAUGCUGGUUGUGCUAUGUCAAACGGGCAAAAGUUUACAUGUUGGAAUCAUCUCAUCCACAGAAUCUUUCAACUGUCUUAUAGACUAUUUCAUCAAUGUAGCAUUAUUUUUCUUUGUUGUGUGUUAGGAUGUUCUUAUAAAAACAAAAAUACCGAAGUAAUUGCCUUGUUUUGUCACCUUUCAUUUCAGUUUACCCUGACAUUUCACUAUAACAGCAUUUGACCCAGACCUGAACAAUAAACUGU